CGGUCCACUCAUCGGUCGGAGAGGAGGUUCGUACAACGCUUCCGAGCCAGCCCGGUUGGACCGGUCUCUCUCUCUCUCUCCCUGCGCUGAAGAAGAAGAAGAAGAAGAAGAAGAAGGUCGGGGUGCGAGCUGAGCAAUGGCGACCUCAUCGGCGAGCGGAAGAGGAAGCGGCAACAGAGAAGGGGGUGCAAAAGCCAUCGUCGCCGAUCAGAUAUCGCAGGCCGUUCAGUCCACUUCCAACCUCCUCCACCUCAUGCAACAGACCUCCCCUUCCCAGGUCUUGGAAGAAAUGCCUAGGGUAAUUUCAUCUCUGGAUGCACACAUGGAGACUAGUUUGCAAAGUGUUCCUCAUCUGCAAACGGUGGUCCAGUUACUAGCGAACAUGGAAAGCAACCAGCUUAAUUCUCUCUCGAAAGCUCAUUUUGCUCGAGAGGCUUCUGAUUGAUGCAUCCCUCUGCCAAAGAAAUCAACUGGCAAAUCAACCUCCUGCAGUGCCAUAAUUGGCUGUAUUUCACUGCUUUACAGCUGAAGUUUGAAAGCGGAGGUAGCAGAAGUGUGCAGACAGGGUUUUUGACCGUGGAAGCUAAGGCUGUUAGGCUUUGUUGCACGUGGAGGUGUGCAGUUAUCUCUUGCAACUGGUUAUAGCGUCCACCUUUUUUCUUUUUCUUUUUCCUAAUAUCAUGCUGUUCCACCUCGCAACCUAAUUGUAUGUCUGGAUCUCAGUAAGUCCUUUGGUAAAUUUCAAGAAUAUUGUGUCGUUAGCAUAUGCAGUCUCGGUGGGGAGUGAUAUGUUUUCUCCAGAAGAAACAUCCUACCCACCUGCAGAAGACAGUGCAAUAUUGAAGAUGCCAUACUCGUUUGGUCUGUUAUGGGCCAAAUAAGCAGCGCUCGUUUCAUUUGAUGCCCCUAAGAGCUUGACGAAGGAUGCAACCUAGGAGGAUACCACAGUCUGGUGAAAGUAAACUUUGGCUUAAUUUACUGGAGACUCUUGAGCAAAUUGCGAAGUUUAACAGCCUUAUUCAGUUGUCUUUUAUGUGACAGGAGGGACUGAUACUCCUGAAAUACUUAUUCACGGGUUUCACAUUGUUGUAUAUGUACUGUGAUGUGUGAAGUAAUUUGUGUAUUUGGCAAACUGUUGCUAAAGCUAUAGUACCUUGAAACUUGGAA